AUGGCUAGCACUCAGGGUGUCAAUGUCCUCCGUUACUCGGCUCUCGUUGCCGGUCUCGUCUACGGUGUCUACCACCAGUCCUCUCUCAACUCGAUCACCAAGCGCAAAGAGAUUGAGCACGAGUACGCCCGCAAGGAGCGCCUGAUCGAGCAGGCCAAGGCCGAGUACAAGAAGAAGACCCAGCCCCAGGAGACCAAGACACAGUCCAGCGGACUCAUCACGAAUUUCGAGGACCCCAAGUUCGACCUGGAGGCAUUCUUGCAGGCCAAGGCUGCGGAGUCGCAGUAA